CUACAUUAUAAUGCAACGAACCUCCCUUUUAACCACAAACCGAAUUUGCUUUCAUUUAGGCUAUAUAUAUUUCUUAAAUAGGUUAAAGUCAUAGAGAUUUUUUUUUUGGAAUAGCACUUCGCCCUGGAGCGGUGCGCAAUGCUAUCUCAUGCCGACCUCCUGGAUGCUCGCCUCGGGAUGAAGGAUGCCGCGGCGGAGCUUCUGGGCCACAGGGAGGCUUUGAAGUGCAGGCUCGGCGGAGGGGGACCUGACCCGGGGCACUCCGGGGAGCUCGGCCCGGGCCCGGACGGCGUGGAAGGGGCCACGAUGCUCCCGGGCGAUGAUAUCAGCAGCGGCGGAGGAUCCAACCCGGUGCAGGUCAACAGCAAAGAGCAGGAGAAGCAGCAGCAACAGCAGAACAACAACAACAACCAGAACCAGUCCGCAGCGCAGCAGUCCCAGAAACAGAAGCGGCACCGGACCCGCUUCACUCCGGCGCAGCUCAACGAGCUGGAGAGGAGCUUCGCCAAAACGCACUACCCAGACAUCUUCAUGCGGGAGGAGCUGGCGCUGAGGAUCGGCCUGACGGAGUCCAGAGUGCAGGUCUGGUUUCAGAACCGACGAGCCAAGUGGAAGAAGCGCAAGAAGACCACCAAUGUGUUCCGCGCUCCGGGGACUCUCCUGCCGACGCACCACGGCCUGCCUCAGUUCCCCUCCGCCGCGGCAGCAGCAGCGGCCAUGGGCGACAGCCUCUGCUCCUUCCACGCCAACGACACCCGCUGGGCCACGGCAGGGAUGCCCGGCGUGUCUCAGCUGCAGCUACCGCCGGCCCUGGGCCGCCAGCAGGCCAUGGCGCAGUCCCUGUCACAGUGUAGCCUCGGCGCCGGGCCGCCGCCCAACUCCAUGGGUCUAUCCAACAUGUCGUCGAACGGCUCCGGGCUUCAGUCACACCUCUACCAGCCCACUUUCCCCGGGAUGGUACCCGCGUCCCUGUCGGGCCCGACCAACGUGACCGGCUCGCCUCAGCUGUGUAGUUCCCCGGACAGUGACGUCUGGAGAGGGACAAGCAUCGCCUCGCUGCGCCGCAAAGCGCUGGAGCACACAGUAUCCAUGAGUUUUACCUAGGGCCACCGUAAAGAGCGUUUGUUUCUCUCACACAGAGAGCUUCUGCAUUUAGUUCUUAUUCAUCCAAUCCAUCCAAACGGUGCGCCGGGAAAAAUACAACCAGGAUUCUUGUUCAAAUAACAAAUGGCCGAGCUGCACACCUGGCACGUUUUCCUCCCAAAUCACAAACUAGAGGGAAAACUGAAGCUAUUUAUCAGGCCUGUUGGCCUUUAUCACGCAUAGGACUGGUUCUGUUUUGAGCUAUAAUUUAUUAUUUCGCAUGUAGCCUAUGACAACUAUUUAUUUGUCUACUUGAAAUUAACUUAUUGGUUUGUUCUGUAUUUAUUUAUUUGGCACAUGCAGCCCUCGCCUUUAUUGUUGCAGGGCUUUCAGUGACAUUUGCUUGGUGACUGACGGUUUUUGAAGACAAAUUCUGUGGAUACUUUGAAACACAAAACUACUUUCAUUUUCCAACUGCUGCACAGCAUGCAGCACCUGAAGGGCCAAAGGGAUGCGCAGUGGACGUGCAGAAACAAGACACCUGGAGGUUUAAAAGAACGCCAGAGAUUCACCAGAAGAGAGAAGGAGACUGAUUUAACAAGAAUCAGGACAACAUGGAAGAGGACUUGACUGCAUGAGCUGUCCAAGGCAAAAAAAAUAAUAAGGGAAAUACUAUAAAUUAAGACAUGGAAACUGACUUAACUAUAAUCUGUUAUAUAGGAUGUUUUGUGUAGCGGAAGCACUCUUGUUCCCAUUUGGUCAGUUUGUGAUAACUUAUGUUUCCAACAUAUGUUUAUUAUGUCUGUGCUUAUUAUCAAAUAUGACUUUCUUA